CCGCCUCACUUUCUCUUCAGGAAGGCCGGCGGAGCCGAAAACCAAACAAACGUCUUCUGAGCGAUUGGGGGCGGGGCAGACGCCGGCGGACUGAGCCUCCAGCGCCGGGACUCUCGCCGCGUUGGCUUUUCGGUUGUUGGUCAGCGUGGCAGAGCCGUCUGCGGUCGGGCUGAGACGUGGGGAGCAAUGGCGACCUUUGUGAGCGAGCUGGAAGCGGCCAAGAAGAACUUGAGCGAGGCCCUGGGGGACAACGUGAAACAAUACUGGGCUAAUUUAAAGUUGUGGUUCAAGCAGAAGAUCAGCAAAGAAGAGUUUGACCUUGAAGCCCAUAGACUUCUCACGCAGGAUAAUGUCCAUUCUCACAACGAUUUCCUCCUGGCUAUUCUUACGCGUUGUCAGAUUUUGGUGUCUACACCAGAGGGUGCUGGAUCUCUGCACUGGACCGGGGGUUCUGCAGCUAAACCUGGAAAACCAAAGGGAAAGAAAAAACUUUCUUCUGUUCGUCAGAAAUUUGAUCAUAGAUUCCAGCCUCAAAAUCCCCUCUCGGGAGCCCAGCAGUUUGUGGCAAAGGAUCCCCAAGAUGAUGAUGACUUGAAACUCUGUUCCCAUACAAUGAUGCUUCCCACUCGGGGUCAGCUGGAAGGGAGAAUGAUAGUGACUGCUUAUGAGCACGGGUUGGACAACGUCACCGAGGAGGCAGUCUCAGCUGUUGUCUAUGCGGUGGAGAAUCACCUUAAAGAUAUAUUGACAUCAGUUGUGUCAAGAAGGAAAGCUUAUCGGUUACGUGAUGGUCACUUUAAGUAUGCCUUUGGUAGUAAUGUAACCCCACAGCCAUACCUGAAGAAUAGUGUAGUAGCUUACAACAACUUAAUAGAAAGCCCUCCAGCCUUCUCUGCUCCUUGUGCUGGUCAGAACCCAGCUUCCCACCCGCCCCCUGAUGACGCGGAGCAGCAAGCUGCACUCCUCUUGGCGUGCUCUGGGGAUACCCUCCCUGCGUCUUUGCCUCCAGUCAACAUGUACGACCUUUUUGAAGCUUUGCAGGUACACAGGGAAGUCAUUCCUACACAUACCGUAUAUGCUCUCAACAUUGAAAGGAUCAUCAUGAAACUCUGGCAUCCAAAUCAUGAAGAACUGCAGCAAGACAAAGUCCACCGCCAGCGCCUGGCAGCCAAGGAGGGCUUUUGCUCUGCUGAAUUAAGGUGAUUUGAGGGCAUGGGACCCUCAGCAAAUUCAUUGGUUAGAGAAUUGAAUGUUUCUUGGGUCCACACUUCAAAACUGAAGUGUAUAGUGUAAAUAUAAACUUUCCUAUGGAAAUGUGACACUGAGUACAUUUUGCGUUGCUACUGUGAAGCCAUUAAUAUAAAUCUGACUUUGAUAAUGACCCAUAUCUCUGUAUGUAUGUAUGUAUGUAUGUAUGUAUGUAUGUAUGUGUUCCCAGUGAUGGGAGUAAGAAGCACUGAUAAAAUCCUGUGCCUAGAAUGGAGAUGUUUUUAGGCAUCUGAGGCUUAGUAUCCUGUGGUCUGUUUGUGAGGUAGAUGACAUCCUAGAACAAAGAAGCUUUUAUAACUUAGUUCCCAUGAUCAGCAGGACAUCUGUGUGUUCAAUGACAGCAUAUAUUCUGUUAUCUGGCAAGCCUAAAAUUUCUGCCUUUUCCUAAAGAACUGUGCUCUUGGAUUUGGGUUGAAAUAAUCCACAGUAUUAAAAAUCAUAUACCUCCUUUAGUGAGCAGAUAUAGGUAUCUCCCCCCAAAUUCAUUACAACUCUAUAGAAAAUAGGACUUAGAAAUGCUAUACUGUUAGACAAAAUAAAGUCCUUUCUUUACAUUAAAAACCAAAAUAAAAACUCUGGAAUGUAACUAAUAAAGUUUUUUCUCAUAACUUACGUUUCUUUUAUACUUAAUAUGCCCAAAGACUUUGGCAAAAUUCAUCUCUUGAUUAUUCCUAUAGAAUAGGUUUUAAGAAGCCCAUGUAGACAUACUGGAUUUAUACUUAGAAAUUCCCCACUUCCUGUGCAGUAUCUGUUCUGUCCUUCCAAAUGAUAAAGUGCAAAUAAUUUACAUUUUACAGUGUUACUAAUAAUAAAGUUUGUUUUUUUAGAGGUGAUGCUUUUUAUUCAGAAGAUAGUGUUGGUGACUAGAUUAGAAGGUACAGAUGGGUUGUGUAGGUCUAAGUAGUAUGUAUAGAUAUGUAUACAUGGUUCAAUAUUUGUGUAUUUGAUUUUGUACUUCAAAUGUGACAAAUAAACCUUUUGGG